GACGAGGACAGCGAAUUCCAAAUACGACCGAGGAUUGACUCUGGAAGCGCGGAGCUCUCCCUGCCUUCCCGACGUGAGAUCGCGAGGCGCCAACAUCUGAGUUGCUCGAAAUUGUGGCAGACACCCGUUGCACGGACUGAUGGAUGACCCGAGCGGAUCGCACCGCGUGGGUGAAUCGAUCGAACUUCAAAUCAGACCUGUGACUCAAGACAAAACAGAUGAUCUCCAAUCAGGCGAAGAGAUAUCAUGCGAUAUCAGGAAGCAGGAGCCCGGAGCUUCGGAGGAAGAGCGAGCUCCCGGGGCAGGAGCACGCCUCGAAGAGUACAAAUCCAAGCCGUUGUUCCGGACGUACUUCCUCGAAUUCGUCAUGGCUUUCUACACUCUCGGGAUAGUGAUCUACGGUAUCCCGCUGAGUUCGCUGAUGUUCGAAAAAAACUGCUUGUAUGCGGCAGGAUUGAACGCGAGUGUUUGUUCAGAUCUAGAGGCUCAGGAAGGGCACAUCAAGAACCCAAUUCUAGGCCAAGCUAGCUUCUAUAGCACUCUGCGAGAUGUCGUGCAGAAUGUGCCCGCUGCCCUGGCUGCUGUGAUUAUCGGGAAUUAUCUCACUCGCUACGGAUUCCGAACGCCACUGUUGGUCACGCUGGUCGGUGGUUUUUUGACCAGUUUCUGCCACCUUCUCACAGCCUUCUACAUGCCUGCACCCCUGAUUUUCAACGCCCUGGCGGAUCUUCCUGGAUCAUUUGCAGGGGGCUCCAUAGUGAUAUCAACCGCCGUCUACACGAACAUUGCCUUACGGGUUCCUGAGUCCCUCCGACUUUUCCGUAUGACCGCGAUGAGUCUUUGCAUGGGGAUCCCGGCUUUCAUCGCUGUUUCGAGUGGAGCGACCUUGUCCGCAAUGUUCGGCAUAAAGGUCCUCUUAAGUUUCUCUGCGAUGAUACUGACGAUUCCUACAGUCUUGGUGAUAUUCUUUCUCGAAGACAUCGAUACUCCCAAGGAAAACAAAGACGACACCUGGCGCGAAGCAAUCUGGCUGAGUUUGAAGAAUGGUCUGAAAACGUCCAUCAACGCGAUUUCACUCGAAAGGCCAGAUCGGAAACGAACACAGAUAAUCAUCAUGAUGAUUUGCAUUGCGACCUCAAGCAUCGGCAUGCAGGCUAAGUCUGGUUCCCUUGCGUACGCUCAUCUGAAGAGCGUUUUGAAGUUUAAAGAAUCCGAUUACGCCAAGUACGCCACAAUUGCGAUGAUACUCGGUAUCGGCUGUCUCUUCCCACUGGUCGCGCUGUCGAAGAAGCUCAAGCUGAGCGCUCCACUGAUGGUUUGCUUCGGGAUGGCAUGUACCGUGGCGAAAUUCGUAAUGUUGGCCCUCACCGAAUUUUCAGAAAAUCUCUUCUAUAUCCAGAUCUUCGUCAGUAUUCCUUACUCUCUCUCGCCUCUCUCCGCACGCUCGCAUCUAACUGGUCUCGUGGAGAAAUCGGAAGUGUCCGUCGUCAUGUCGUUGUCGGCCCUCAUCGAGAAACUUGUUCCAUUGUUGAGUGGUCCACUCUCGACUUAUGUCUUCACCAUGACGAGUUCUUAUUUCCCGGGCUGCUACUACCUGAUGAUCGGCGGCGCGUACAUCAUCCCCCUGGGAUUGUCCUUAUAUUGCGCUUGGAUAAUCCGUGGUAACAGACGGAAAGAGGGAGCCUGUACACAUUUGUGAAUAUAUGAUCUGCAUACACAGAAUUAUUGACCUAGAGGAUGAAAGUUGAUGCGAAGGCUUUGAACUGGAGCAUUCUCUAUGGACCGUCGAAAAAGUGAUUGCCGCUGUUUUGUUUUACGACGACAUGGUUCCUUCGGAAUACUAUGAAGAAAAAACUACGGGACCCUUACUUUGGGGAUUGACCAAAGAACAGAAUACCCCUCUACCUAAGCGAGCUCGGCAACGCAGUUCUCCUGAGGCUCACGGAGGACAACUUCGCCACAUCCGCUGAACACUUCCCCAGGAUUGGUCUCGGCUCAUGAUCUCGACUUGGGUUCGGGGAAUCGCGCGACUGUCAUACAGUACUUCCGAAGAACUCCUCACCAAGGAAUGAAGCAUAGCUUGUCCUCUAUUGGCGAAAUAGGUAGGGAAAAAUCAAAAUAGCGCGGAUCUCCAGUAGCCCUGAACAGCUUGGCAGCGAUCGCAAUAUCCUGCCUCAUCACGACCUUUGCAUACUUUAUCCUGGAGGACUUAUUGAACGGGUUACUUCUCAACCAGUAGGAGAUUAUCGGCUCGGAAAUGAGCCUCCACAAAACGAGAGAAAGCAGAUGCUCAACUCGCGACAGCGAAGUGAUCCGAUCGGUCCAGUGAAUAUCAGUUUUUUAGGGACAGCUUUCUGGGAAUGGAUCCUAUGCUGACCUAUUGUCAAGUGACGGAUGGCCAAGUCCUUUCGGAUGACGAUCGUCAUCGGGAAUCAUAAUUUUCGCAGCGGCAUCCAGUCGCAGCGCUAGCGUCUUUUCACGUAUGCUGCGACUGGAACACAAAGACGGGCUGGGAUUGUCGUUUCCUUCGCUGCAUUCGCUCUUUGAUUCUGCGGGACGCGAGAAGAAGCUGUUGUGAUGGAGGAAGCAUCAGAUGAUGCGGUGAUGAUAGACUUACAAACUGAUUGAUUCAUUAAUGACGGAGAAUCUCUGUAUCUACGACUACUUUUAAUGCACGACGCCGUUCAAGUGUUAUCAUCCAAUCAUAAUCACAGUUUCGAAGGCCGAUGCGGUAUGGUUCACCGUGACUUCUCAUGAUAGGGCUCAUCGGCUCGCGACCAUCGAUGUCGAAUAAAUCUCCAUCUUGAUAAAGUGAAA